CCUUCUCUCUUACACACUCUCUCUCAAGAACAAGCCACCGAUCAGGCUAGCACUAAAGCACUAGGAAGAACCUAGCACAAAUUGCUCCAUCCUGGUGUGAGCAAUUAAACAAGAGGAGGCAUGGCAUCAUCUUCAGACCAAGCAACUAAUGUCUCUAAUAUUGCUGGAAUGCUAAAUGGCAUCGAACAGCUAAAUGGCAGCAAUUAUGUCACGUGGAAGGAGAAGCUUGAGAUCACUAUGGCCUUACUCAAUAUUGAUUAUGCUCUCCUUAAUGAUCCUCCUGAGGUGCCUAAAGAAAAUAAUGAAAAUUAUGAAGCCCUCAAGAAGGAAUAUGACAUUAUUAAGGCUAAGUGGGAUGACUCUAAUCGCAAGUGCCUUAUGAUGAUAAAGGGCUCCAUUACACAGAGUAUGAGGGGAGCCCUUCCUGAUUGUGAGACAGCAAAAGGGUACUUUGCAAAAAUUGAGCAUCAAUUUAAAGGGUCUUCUAAAGUUUAUGCAACAAGUCUUAUCAGAAGGCUAAUUGAUGAAAAAUAUGAUCCCACUGGAAGUCUUCGAGAGCAUAUUAUGAAAAAGUGCAACAUGGCCGCCAAACUAAAGUCAAUGGAGAUGGAAAUCUCUAAUGGUUUCCUCGUCCAUUUUAUUAUGUCAUCUUUGCCUCCCCAAUUUGAUCCAUUUAUGAUCAACUAUAAUGCGAUGGAUGUUAAAUGGGAGAUUGAUGAAAUGAUGGCGCGAUGUGUGCAAGAAGAAGAAAGGCUUAAAGGCUGA